GGAAAUAUUAAAGAGGUGGAGAGGAGGAGAAUGUGAUAGCCAGGGAUCGUGAUUAAAAGCACUGCGACCGGUGACGAACCCGCGGAUUUCUAAAUAUAUAUAGACCGGCGAUGUGCAAGAAUAGGAGGCAACCAGCACGACUCGCGAACGCGUCUCGAGAGAGAACGAAUGGAACGUGAGCUCGCAGUGGGCACCGCGACGCCGCGGCGUCACCCGGACCCGCGUUCGGAUAGGUCAGUUAUCGCGGAACAAACUAGCUGCCGGCGGGUUCGCGUUAGAAUCCUGUAUCAGCCUUUCCCGCACACAGAUCGACCGAGGAACAACAGCUCUGAAGAGAUGCAGCGGUGUCCGUAUCUCCACGAGAUGAAGGAGCGCUUGCUCUCGCAGCCAACACCGACAGAUAGCUUGGACAUGGAACGGUUAGACGGUACUCCUGUGAAGGAGGCAAAUCUGCACAACGAUUACCCUGCCCACACGAACCCCGGAGUGAUACCGGAUCCGCCGGAAAUGCCGCCUGAUUCACUCAUCGGCACGGUCGUCAAGCUGAACUCCGAUGGCUACGGAUCACACACGUCGCCGGCACACGCGAGGCAGCCCCUGGUCCCGCAAAACGCCAACAAUCCGCCCCUCUGUCUCACUCCUACGCACUCCAGCCCAGCGAAUGGCACGCUGCCAAAGAACGCAAAGACGUCGCUGUUCAUUAUCAUGAGUUUCAUCUACGCGAAGCUGCUGGUGGUUGUGUGCAUCGCUUACGUGAUAAGCGAGGUAGUCACGCACAAACUGCCGUUGUACUAUUACGAGGGAUUCUUUACGUAUCUGUACGGUGUCAGCAUCCUGUUUCUGCUGUACGUGUUCUGCUUCCUGCUACAAGAGAGCACCUGCUGCUUGAGGGGUAGCGACACGCCUCAGCCGCCUCGGAGGCCAUCCAAGCCUCCCAAGGAGCCCAAGGAGAAGAACAAGAAGGAUAAGAAGGACAAGGAGCAGAAAGCGGCCAAGACAAAGAAGGAAUAUCAGGACGCCGCUGACGUCGAGGCUGGAGUGGCCACUCGAGCGCUGAGGAAACGGAAGACCUCGCAGAACGACCAGAGCCAUGGAAGCUUCUUCCUCAGAAUCGGAGCUAUCGCUUUUGGAUUGGGUACCAUGGUCUACAAUGGUUUAGAAUUUGGUACCUUCUUCGAGGUACCACCUACGUCGCCGUGUUAUCAGAUCUUGCAAGGAGUGAAUCCUGUUCUCCAAAUGAUCUUCACGUUCAUGCAGAUGUACUUUAUCUUCAUGAACUCAAGGCUGAACAUUCACCGCUUCAAAGUGAUCGCUCGUUUCGGUCUGAUGCACGUGGUAGCCACCAAUCUCUGCGUGUGGAUCCGUACUCUGGUGCUGGAGAGCAUCAAGGAGAUCACGAAGCACCAUCAGAAGAUGGGUCAAUUCGAAGCAGGCAUCCUUGAGAGUAUCAAGCAACACUCGAUGAGAAACGCAGGAGCAAUAUUGGGAACAGCGCCUCGAGACAUGGCUCUCUUAAGAGAGGCGCCAUUAACAGCCACGAGGGCUUCAACGGUGACUUCGUCGGUUGCUAGUACAACCGCUGCUUCCUUGGGUCGAGUGAUGAGAACAACUGCAAGGGCGGUGGCCAGGGCAGUCACGACACCCCCGACAACCACCACAGCUGGCUGGAACCCUCCAACUUCGACCACAACAUCCACAUCAGCACCACUGCCUAAUUUGACUACCACCACCGUCAAUACGUUGUCCACACUUCUCACUACACUUACGCCGCAAACUUCUACCGAAGAGAGAACCAGCCCAACUACUACAAGUACUACUACUACCACUACCACUACCACGCCUUCGACUACAUUCCCGCCGUUCUUUGUCGAAUUGUUCGAUGCUCCUCAGCCGAACAGCAAAGAAGAGAUACACCAAAUCUUCGACGUGAACAACCAAACGAACAGCACCGAGUUCUUGAUCCCAAAUUUCGGGAUUUUCGCCGAAGCUCUGACAGACGAAGAGAUCGCGUCGAAUUCCUGCGGUCGAGUGAACAUCAUGGGUACGAUCGUCCAAGACGCGGAACCAUACCUGUUCCCCUUCAUCAUCGAGUACAGUCUAAUCGGCGCUGCAGUGAUUUACGUAAUGUGGAAGCACAUCGGAUACAUCGGACGACAUCCUCGUUGGCCUCACCAAGUAGAGGCCGAUCUAGAGCGUCGCCUCGAGGCAAUGCUGUCUCGAAGAGCUGUUGCCUUGGCUCACGCAGGUCACACAAGGGUGGACUGUGUAGGAGCGAGCAAAGGGCUGUUCUUCGGACUACUACUACUCGUCGGCUCUCUCAUCUGUCUGAUCCUGUUCUUCGUGCUGAUCCAUCAUCCGGACUUCGGUCUGGUCGCCAUUUACCUAGCGGACGUCUCUCACUGCGUCCUCAUGGUCCUCUCGAUCGUCGCGAUAAUCGUCGGUUUCAUACGCGUGCAGGGCUUGAAAUUCAAGGCCGAGGAACAGAGCGAUCUGAACGACAUCCUGCUCCGCGUGUCCGGCUUCGGGCUGUUCGUUUACGCUGUGUUCAGCGUGAUCGCCGGCUCGUUGGCUGCUUUCACACACGAGCCUAACCUUCUGGUAAUGCUCACCGGGCUUCUGUCCGUCGCUCAGGUCAUCCUCCAGAUGUUGUUCAUCGCGGACGUGUCGCGCAGAAGGGUCCACUUGCCGGAGCACGAUCGUAGCAAGCCCGGCAGACAGGUCGUCACCUUCCUGUUGAUCUGCAACCUGACCAUGUGGGUGAUCUACACGUUCGAAUCGCAGAAAGUGAUGGCGAACCCCGUGCAGCUGGAUUUCUACGGGUUCCUCGCUUGGGCCAUCGUGCAGAGGGUCACUCUCCCUCUGUGCAUCUUCCACAGGUUCCACAGCGCGGUCACGUUCGCGGAGAUAUGGAAGACAAGCUACAAGGCGCGUCUCGAUUAGACAGAGAUGGAAGAAUCAGGCUGUUCGUCGGGAUCAAUGGCCCGGAGUGAUCGUCGUUCGCUGGAUUGAGAGAGAGAGAGAGGAAUAGAGAUUUAGUGAUAUCGACGGGGAAACGGGGAAAAUAAUUCGAAGGAUUCGAAGCAUUCCUGGCUGCACGAUCGAUUCUGUCGCUCGACUCGAUUUCGAGUCUUUCUACUCGGAGUACUGUGGAUAAUAACAGGUAAGAGGGGUUAGAAGAGGUUUCGACGAGUCGAUUGAACUCGCUCUGGUCGGUAUUGGACAUAUCUUUGGGGCCGUUUCGUGGAUCGCUGG